AUGAGUGCGCCAAUCCAGCCGGACGAGGUCCAGGUCGACCACGGUGCAACCGCCACGAGUCGGAAACUGCAAAGCAACGCAGGCGUCGCAAGGGCCAAUGUAGACAACUUCCGGGACGACCCGGGAGCCAGAGCGGCGUUUCUUUCUACAUUCUCGGCCGAGGAAGAGAGAUCCGUCAUCAACAAGGUCGAUAAAGCCUUCUUGGUUCUCAUCGGAAUCAUGUACAUGAUCAAAACAGGCAAAGUUUUGCAGGUGGGACAGCCGCGCAAAAUCAUGAAGGAACUCGACAUGACCUCGGACCAAUACAACUGGGUUGGGUCUAUCUACGGUAUCGCCUACAUCAUCUUUGAAGCGCCUAGCAACCUAUUGUUGAAGCGUAUGAGCCCGCAUGUGUGGCAAUCCCGCAUUUUCCUCACCUGGGGGGUUAUCACCGCCUGCCAAGCCGCAGCGCAAAACCGACAUCAACUCUACGCCAUGCGGUUUUUGCUUGGAAUGUUCGAGGCCGGCAUGUUUCCAGUGACCUGGUUCUUCGCAUGGUCCAACCUCGCCGGCAUCGUCGGCUCCCUGUUGUGUUACGGCAUCAGCUACCUGAACGGGGUCCGCGGCCUCAGUGCCUGGAGCAACCGCUUCCUCACGGAGCGGGAGCAGGACUUCGUCGAAGCGAGGCUGCCGGAGAACGCGCCGCUGACGAGCGAUCCCGACUUCGCCGGCAGGGAGAUCUGGGCCGUCCUGCGCACGCCGCUCAUCUGGUCCUUUAUGCUGUCCCAAACGCUCAUCAACAUCGGCGGAUACGCGUUGACUUGGUAUCUGCCGACUAUUGUGGCGAAUCUCGGCUUCGCGUGGUUGCCGAGAAACCAGCUACUUAACAUGCCGCCUGCAUUUGCAGCCAUUGUCGGUCUGGUCUUCUCGGCGUGGUUCAUGUCAAGAGCAUACAUCGUACGACCAGCGUACAUCAUGAUUCUCAUGUCUGGGAUGGUGGUGUGCUUCGUGCUAUUCUUCACAAAUACCGACCGCUACGGCAUCUACAUUUCGUGCAUAUUGGGCAUUUUGUUCUAUCAGUCGUACUUUGUUCCAUUCUGGGCGUGGAGAUCAGCCACAUUGUCUGGUUCUGCCGGUACCGCUUUUACACUCGGCCUGCAAUCCGGCAUGGCUCAACUGGGCGGCGUUAUCGGGCCGCAACUGUUCCAGUCAAAGUUCGCGUACAACGGCUACAAGACCAGCUUUGCCAUCGCGGCGGCGACUACGAUUGCGUCUUUUCUGGCCAACCUUUGGACGUGGUGGUUGACGAGAAACACGGAGUACGACGUGAUGAGAGUUCGGAGGAAGAUACUCAAAGCGAGAAAGGCUAGGGGAGUCAACUUUAACAAUGACAUCCGGGUGUUUGAAGAGAGACGCUUUUACGACGGGUUUAAACGUCAGGGGCGAAAUGAUGGCGAGGAAAGCUCACAGACGUAA